CGUAAAUAAUAAUUAUUAUUAUAAUGGAGUUUGUAUUCAGUUCUUUAACAUACUUGUUGCUUUUCGUGUUAACCGCCGUAUUAUUGUUCCUGAUUCGAGACGAAUUGAAAACGAAACAAGUGGACCACAGAGCUGGUCUCGUUGACCCUCCCGCACCCAAAGCGUGGCCGAUAAUUGGCCAUUUGUACCUGAUGGCCCGGUAUAAGGUACCGUAUCGAGUGUUUGACGAAAUUAUGGCCGACUUGGGAUCCGUUUUCCGCUUGGAUCUGGGAUCGGUACCGUGCGUUGUCGUCAACGGAUUAAACAAUAUCCGCGAGGUGUUAAUGAUAAAAGGCGACCAUUUCGACAGCCGCCCUUCAUUCCGUCGAUUCAACCAGUUGUUCAAAGGCGAUAAAAACAACUCUUUGGCGUUUUGCGACUGGUCUCAGCUACAAAAAACUCGACGAGAACUACUCAGAGCUCAUACUUUUCCCAAUACCACGUCCAACAUGUACACCCGAUUGGACACGUGUUUAAAAACCGAACUGGCUGAUUUAACAGACACCUUAGACACCAUGGCCAACACUGAAUGUGUAGACAUCAAGAACAUGUUGCUCCAUACAUGUGCCAAUGUGUUCAUGUCAUACUUUUGUUCCACCCGCUUCUCCAGAUCCUACGACAAGUUCAGAGAGUUUAUCCGAAAUUUUGAUGACGUGUUUUACGAGGUAAACCAAGGAGCACCCUGUGACUUUCUGCCCAGUUUGAUGCCAUUGUACCACUGGCAUUUCAAAAAAAUAAGAUCAUGGAGCUCAAAAAUCCGAAAUUUCAUGGAAACCGAAAUAUUCAACAAGAGGAAAGCUGCGUGGGUGCCGGGCACCAAGCCAGUGGAUUUCGUGGACAACUUGCUGGAUGCCGUCACGCAGCCCGACCGGGACGACGGAUUUGACAUGGACAUCGGGUUGUUUUCACUAGAGGACAUUAUUGGCGGUCAUUCAGCAAUCACGAACUUCAUUGUAAAGACGUUGGGAUUCCUAGUGGACAGACCGGACGUGCAGCGGCGCAUUCAAGAGGAAUCGGAUGCCGUGGUUCGGGCUUCCGGGUCCGUCGGGCUCUCGGACCGAUCUCAGAUGCCGUACACCGAGGCCGUUGUUUACGAAUCACUGCGGCUGAUCGCCUCGCCAAUCGUACCGCAUUUGGCCAACAGAGACACUUCGGUUGACGGCGUCCGGAUCCGAAAAGGCACGACGGUGUUCUUAAACAACUACAGUCUACACAUGAGCCCGGAACUGUGGAACAACCCCGAACACUACAGCCCGGAAAGGUUCAUAAACGCGGAAGGGAGGUUAGAGAAGCCGGAAUAUUUCAUACCGUUCAGCGGUGGAAAACGGUCGUGCAUGGGAUAUAAGUUGGUGCAGCUAUUGUCGUUCUGCACUAUUAGCACGCUGCUCAACAAGUAUACAUUGCUUCCGGUUGAGGACGUAUCGUACGCCGUGCCAAAAGGGAACCUGGCAUUGCCGUUCGUUACUUUUCCCUUCCGGCUCAGACCCAGGAACUUCCGGAAACAGUGAGUCGAAAUCUGUUUGAAACGCAGGUGGUCCUGCAGUGAAUAAGAAAAUUACGCGCCGUCAGCGACACGAAUUAAGCUUUUGUGUGUGUAUGUGUGUGUGUGUGUGUGUGUGUGUGUGAUUGUGCAAAUUUAUAUUUGCGAAAAUGUGUGUGUAUGGCAAUUAUUUGACGAGUCCUACGUAACUUUAGGCCCACUCCAAUUAUUGUGUUGUAGGAGCGUGUGGUUUUGCAGUUACGUCAGACGACAACGUGUAAUAGCUAUAGUUUGUCCAUCCGUAUUAAUGGUAUUAGCGAUUACUGAUUAAUUUAUAGACCGGAAAAUGUUACCAAGAUAGUUUUGAAAUAAAUUAUUUACGUUGAUUAUUUUAUUUAUUUAUUAUUUUUGUUCACGUCAGUAUGAUUUAGUAAAAAUUAUAAUAUAUUGAUUGUUUCAUAGUGUGAUUUGUGAAUUACCUUUCUAGUCUUAAAAAAAUAUAAAGGUUGGAUAGUUGAAAAUUCAUUAUUGUUAGAGAAAAUGUAUUUAUUUUUUUUUAAAAACUUAAAGUUUUACUAGGUUAUGUAAGACUUAAUAAAUUUUUUUAUAGAUAUUUAAUAUUAAUUAAGCAAACAAUACAUAAUGAGGUUAUAAUUAUAUAUUUUAGAACAGGGUUUGGCAAUCUAGAUCCCGCGUGCUUUUCGGCAACUCACAAUGCGGUCUGUAGACGUGUAUCAUAAUUUAUAAUAAUAUUUUGAAGUCUUAUCGGAAGUUCACGUGAGCUAAUUUGUUAGAAUAAAAAUAAUGCAGUUUGUUGAAUUUAAAAUAGUCUGUCUCUAUUUUGAUAUCCAUAUGAAAAAAGUUUACCCGACACCGAUCCCUGUUUCAGAAUAUAAGCCAAAGAUAAUUUAUUGUUAUUUCUAUUUUCUGUUAAAUUUGUAAAUAUUUAUUGACUUGUAAGUUGUAGUUUAUGUGAAUACUUGUGCACAUACUUUUAUAUUAUUUUGUUAUUAAUUGUAUUAUUCAAUAUUAUACUA